UUGGCAACAGCUGAUUGCAAGGAUGGACUCUCCUGAUAUGACAUUUACUUUGGCAUAUGUUGUCUUUGCUUUUUGCUUUGUAUUUACGCCGAACGAGUUUAGGUCUGCGGGUUUUACAGUUCAGAAUAUCUUCUCAUCAUGGCUUGGAAGCGAAGAUAUCGGUUUCGUUCAGUAUCACAUCAGGAGAACAACCUUAACCCUGCUUAUACAUUGCGCUCUCCCCUUUGGGUACUAUUUGGGAAUGAGCAUAGCCGCACCAGACAAAAAUCUGAUGUAUAUUCACCUGGCAAGCGAUGGAUGGCAGUUGUACUUCACCGUAACUCUCGCAACAUUUCUCACGAGCUGCGUCGUGGCUCUCUACUGGUCUGUCAAGAAAUGGGAAAACCACCCCAUAUCCAAAACCCUCGCCGCCCAUGCGCUGGCGCGGUCGAGCUGGAGAGCUGUCGCAUCCUCCGUCAACACGGAGUUCCGACGCAUCGACAAGUUCGCCACAGGCGCGCCCGGUGCCAGAGUUAUUGUGACGGAUACGUGGAUCAUGAAGGUCACCACCUAUAACAUGCACGUGGCAUUACAACAGGACACACACCUGACUGUCACAGAGUCCAAGCAGCACGACCUGUCUCCCGAGUCUGGCACCCCUGUGCAGAUCUUGACACUCCGGGUGGCGAGCAUCAACCCCAUUGUCAAGCCCUUUGACUUCAGAUUGAACUCCACCGAGUACACCGAGCUAAGAGACAAACUACAGGCUCCUGUGAGGAACGCGGCCAAUGUGGUGAUCCACCUCACCAUGAGCGAACUCUUCCUGGAGACCUUCAAGUCUUUUGUGGAGCUGAACCAAGUCUAUGAACGCAUCAGUGGACAGGAUCUUGAGCCGUGCAUCGGCUGCAUGCAGGAGACGGCCAACAUCAAGCUGCUCCGCCUCUGCCACGGAGAUGCAGCAGGAGGAGGAGGAGAGGGGGACGGGGAGUGCCAGCAGUGCUACUGCCGCCCCAUGUGGUGCCUGACCUGCAUGGGCAAGUGGUUCGCCAGCCGGCAGGACCAGCAGCGGCCGGAGACCUGGCUGGGCAGCCGGGUACCCUGCCCCACAUGCCGGGCCAAGUUCUGCAUCCUGGACGUAUGCAUGGCCCGCUAAAUUGUGACAAUGCUGGGAACUCUGGACAUUCGGACAUCACCACAUAUGGUACCGUCUAAGACCGGGAGGUUGGAUCACCCGCUGAGUAUGGAUCGCCGC